AAUAAGUUAGGCCAAGGAGGAUUCGGAGAAGUUUACAAGGUAUAUACGAGUUUGUAUAUUUAAAUUAGGUCACUACAGAAGCUAUCUUCUUGAAUUUCUGACACAUGGUUUUAGAUUCUUGUAUUUCUAAAACAUGGUUUUAGUACAUUAAUUUUCAGGGUACACUUGCAAAUGGACUAGAAAUAGCUGUGAAGAGACUAUCAAAAGGCUCUGCGCAAGGUGCAAAAGAAUUUAAGAAUGAGGCUGUAUUAGUAGCCAACCUUCAGCACAGAAAUCUUGUGAGAUUGUUGGGAUUUUGCUUGGAAGGAGAAGAGAAGUGUCUAUGAAUUUGUGCCCAACAAAAGCCUCGACUAUUUUUUAUAUGGUAACUGAUCGAUUUGUUUACUAACUUGUUUUGUAUUACUUGAAACUAAUAUCAUGCUUUGGACAUGAAUUUUUGGUGAAUUCGCAGACCCUGUCCCUGAGCAAAAAGAACAAUUGGAUUGGUCAAGACGUUACAAGCUAAUAGGGGGGAUAGCAAGAGGAAUUCGAUAUCUUCAUGAGGAAUCUCAUUUUAGAAUUAUACAUUGCGAUCUCAAACCUAGUAAUAUCUUGUUAGAUGCUGAAAUGGAACCAAAAAUUUCUGAUUUUGGUGUGGCAAGGACUUUUGAAGUUGAUCAAACAAGAGGAAACACAAGUAGAAUUGUAGGAACAUACGGUUACAUGUCUCCAGAAUAUGCUAUGCGUGGACAAUUCUCUGUAAAGUCAGAUGUAUACAGCUUUGGUGUAUUAGCUAUAGAGAUUAUAAGUGGAAAAAGAAAUAACACUUUCUAUCAAUCAGGUCGUGCUGAGGACCUCUUGAGCUAUGCUUGGGAACUUUGGAAGGAAGGAAAAUCUUUGGAGUUGAUAGAUCCAGUAUUAAGAGAAUCUUAUUCAGAAGAUGAAGUUGUUAGAUGCAUCCAACUUGGCUUACUAUGUGUAGAACAAAAUCCAGAAGAUAGACCCACCAUGACAUCAGUACUUACCAUGCUUACAAGGCACCAUCUUAAAUUGCCAUUACCUCAAAGACCUGGAUUUUUCAUUCAAACAGAGUCUGAUAAUCAUUCCCAUCAAUCUGUCAAUGAAGUCUCAAUUUCUGAGCAAAACCCUCGAUGAUCAUCCAAGUUCUAUUUUAUAUGUUACAUAUGUUUUCUAUUCUUUUAAGCUAAAUACUGGUUUAGUACACUGUUCCUUUGUUUUUUAUGCUAUAAUUUUGAAUUUACGAAGUGGACCUAAUAAGAAUAAUAUAACUGUAAGUUUGGUUUGAUUUUUAUGCAAACCCGUAUGGGUGUUCUUCUCCAGUCUUAUGGUCCAUCGGAGACCAUACUACAAU